UGUGGCUGUUAACCACAAGGUCGGAGGUUCAAGCCCUCCUUCUAGCGUCAAUUAUCUUUUUAAACUUCUUUUCUUGUUACCCGUACUUACUUUGUGUCUGAUGGUUCGGCAGCACAGGGACUUUACCCAUGAGAGGGACAAAGUAGAUGCUUAGCUCAAAUUUCUUGCAGAAAGCAACACUCUCCACUUUAAAGUUUUGUUCAAAGAAGAGAGAAAAGAACAAAGACUGAGUUUUUUUUUUUUUUUUCCUUUUUUUGUAGAAAAAGGAAGGAAACAGUGUUAAUGGAUACAGGGAGUAGUACAAGUAACAGCAGUAGUAAUAGCAAUGGCAUGAUAGUUACUGCAGAAAAAAGAAGAAUGAGAAUAGAAAAUCCCUUUACUUUGAAAGUGGGUCAAGUAUUUACUGGCUUUGGCAUUGGUUGUGGGAUUGGAAUUGGUGUUGGUCGUCCUUUAAAUCUAGGUGCAAUACCAAUGCUAAAUCAAGUUAUGACUGCCACUAGAGGGGCAACGGAUGCAUUCUCUGGUGUUGGAAGACAUGUUAAUAGUACUUUGAGGAAGGUGGGGGCAAAAAACAUUGAAGCAGGCGUUGGAUGUGGAGUUGGUUUUGGACAUGGUUUUGGAGUUGGUCUUGCUGUGAAGCGCGGAGUGUUGGAUCAGAUUCAGUUGUAUUUAACUCAAGCCAUGACAAAAUUAAUGAUGAAGUCCGGAAUGUCUACUACCGGCUUAUCUAUUGGUCAAGGCAUCCUUCCAGCAUCCUUGCAAGCUGGCAUGAAAACAGUCAAUGAAGCCUCUAAUCAGAGCCCACUGGGAAAUGCCAAUCAACUUGAGGUGAAGGUCCCUCAUAGUUCUUCUCCCGGCUUGCUUACAGAUAGGAACACAAAUUCUCUCUCUUCUCAUGAAAAUGAAACUUCAAGAGCUAAUCUCACCUCUUCAAAUGCAUCAUAUAGCAGCCGAACAGAGAAGGUUGUUAGCAAUUUUCUGCAGACUCCACUUGUGAAAGACGAAGACAGCAGUACAGAAAAUGAGCUGUCUGAGCGUUUGAGAUCAGAGAACAACCUUCUUCAUAUUGUGUUGAAACACCAGCAAGUGAUUGAUGAGCUCCUGCAGGAAAAUGAAAAGCUUCGCCAGAUACUGGUGAAAGACUUGAAAAUCUCGCCCAGUAAACUCCAAACCAGCUACUCCAGUGGAAGUAAGUUUCCAAGUACUGAAUGUUUUGAGUGCCGCAGAAAACAAAGGAGAAGACGAUGAAUGAAUACAAUAUCUUUCUCUUUUUAGACGAUGAAUGAAUACAAUAUCUUUCUCUUUUUACUUUUUCGCUAAGAUGAAUGAAAGGAAUAUCUUACAUAGUUUAUCUACAUCACCCAAGCAAUUAAAUCAAGAAGCUGACCUGCUCUUUUUGACCUUGCGAAUUUGCAACUUA